AUGGGGGUUAUCUGUAGUCUCAAUGAUCGUUGUACCGAAGGUUCAAACGAUUUAAAAAGCAUUAUGAAAUUACACAAUGACGAAAAAUCUUAUAAGUGUGAAUUUUGUACUAAGGAGUUUACUAAAAAAUCCGAUUUAAAUAUCCAUGGAAGAUUACACAAAAAUCCAUACAGAUGUGAAAUUUGCUACAAGGAGUUUCGACAAAAAGCCAGUGUGAAACGCCAUUUGCCAAUACACACUGGUAAAAAACCGUUUAAGUGUGACAUUUGUUCUAAAGAGGUUACAACUAGAAGUCAUUUGAAAAGACAUUUAAGAAUCCACACAGGAGAAAAACCUUUUGAAUGUGAAAGUUGCAGUAAAUCGUUUUUUGAUAAGAAAAAUUUGAAAGAACAUUUGAUUAGACACACUGGAGAAAGACAUUUUAAAUGUUAA